AUGUACGCUUCAGUCACGCUCAUUUCAAUCACAAACAAAGCAAGUAUAAAUGGGUAUGCCCUGACCACUCGAGCCUUUUUGGUUUUCGCCGACUUUGUCCCCCCCGCCGUGACUCCUUCUUGAGCUAGUCUGCCAUCGUCGUCGACGGCCUUGCGAGGUUUAUUCAUACUUGCCUCUUUUGAAAUUUACUUCCGCGCCGAGGAAUGACCUCUCAUCUACCUCCGCUUCAGCUUGGCGCUACGACACGUCCGUACGCCGGGCCACCUUACUCCGGUGCCCUCCCCGACGUUGACGACUCUUACUAUGGCCAUGUACAAUAUACAGCCUACUACGCUGGCCAGUACUCCCCGGACGAUGUGUCUUCUCACUCUCCCGCUUCUUACGGGAGUGUGGAGGGCGUGGAGUACCCGACAGGCGCCAGAGCAGUCACCAGCGGAAUAGAACAUCAGCCUUACAGUGAUCAGGUGUACGAUGUUGAGGCAGCGCGCUCUCCCGUGUCACCCGAUAGCUGGUACCAAGCCGAUCCUUCGUAUCAUUACCCCUCGCAAGCCGAGGGUCUCUGGACGCAACAGUCUUCGAGAGGAGACGCACAGGCUACUUUGGGGACUCAGUAUUACGCCGGACAACCAUACUCUCAAGACCAUAUCCCCACUGAGAAUUUAUCAACACAGUUCUCACCUAUGUCCGAUGCACCCUCAGGCGAUGUCAAUUCCUAUGCUCAGCGACAAGACGUCCAUGAUUAUCAGUAUCAGUAUCAGCAUCAGUCUCCUUUGAACUAUCAUUACGAAGGCCCUUACUCCCUUCCGACACCUCCAACCUCAUCGGAGCAUGUACCAUCAAGUACCCCAGAGAUCGCGCAACCGUAUCGCACUACGCCCGAGAGUGUAGAAGUUCAGCAACAUGCCUUCGUUGAACAUAGAAGAAGCAGGCCGGGCGAUCAGCAGCUUCUUCUAGCACAGCGCCAGCUUGGGCGUUCUCAAUCCGCCACAUAUCACGAGGGACCCCAGGUUCCAUCCCCGCGAGACAGCCUUGCAAGCUCUCAAGAUAAUUUUUCGUCCCCGGCAUCGCAAGGCUACAGUCAUUUACCGUCGGGAUCCGCGCCUUCAAGCGUACAAUAUUUUCCUCGGCGGCAGCAGCCUCGCUCACCUUCGCCCAUGGCUCACCUUCCGUAUCCGGAAGAUAUUCAACGUGAAGCCGAACUUGAAGGAGCUUACCCGAGUCGGAGUGCCUCUCGGUCUCACGAGUGGAGCACAUACCCGCAGUCCUUGAUAGGGCACGCUUCGCAAGUGGACCCUUCCUGUUCGCAGCAAGCUAUUCAGUCGUCUCAUGCGAGCCGCUCUGUGGACCACAACCAACAUGCGCUGGCUUUCUCCACGCCAUCUUAUCCUCCUUCAUUGGCGUACAGUGGAUCCACUCGACAACCAAAUCCUCGCAUUCCUGUUGUGGAACAUCCAGCAAGACGAGCCACUGCACCAACACCGUCACGCAGUCCACCGCCGGUAGAAGAUACGCCGAAGAAGCCACUCACUCUUGCCUGUCUUUUCUGCCGUAAACGUAAGAUUGCCUGUGGCAGUCCACCACCCGGCCAUAAGGACCGUACGUGCAAUCAAUGCGCUCGGAGAAGUCUCACUUGCGUGUAUCCUGUUACCUCCAGAAGAGGUAUGCGUCCUCGAGGAGGAACCGAGGGCGAAUCUCCGGAGGCGCAGUUCCAUAUGCAUGUCCCGGUCGAUGUUGUCUCACAGUAACGCUCUUGCAUCGUCUUGUUUCUUGUUUCGGCCGUAUUCUUAUCUCGCACAUAUUGGCUAUCCUCGCCUAGCGUCUUGAAUAUGUCAUCGAAGGUACUGUAUAAUGUUAUUUCCUACCGUACAUAGUUUCAGGCCUUUUUGCAUAUGUCUACGCAUGGCAGCCAGUGCCUUUAGGUUAUUUCGCAUUCUCAACAUAAUCUCAUCCAUCCCAUAUGUCCUGCAUCAUUGUUAUAAUUCUUGUAUAUAAGAUAGGUUAAUUCUGAUUACAUGUCCGCC